AGACAUUUGUUUCUCGAGCAAGGUCUGGCUCGUCUAGACCCGCUCGCUUGCUCGACCGACCGUUCGCCCGCAGGCCGCACGCAGGUUUGCUCACUUGAGAGCAUGUCUCAAGCCGCAGCGAACACAAGCAAGGCGGCGAGGGUGACUGUCUUGACUUGCUUCCCGAUAUCUCUCGCGUGGCGCUCCGCCGGCUUCCGCUGGGCGCAAGACGACAUGCAGGCCGAGUUCUCUCGCAUCGCGCCGCUGCUGCUCGGCUCGCUGCUGCUCUGCGUCGUGCUUCUUAUCCUUCUCCUUGUGGUGCACGGUCGCGCAGAGGUCCACGAGCUGUGCAACAAGAAGUACGCCAGCGCCGCCCUCCCAGGCAUCUUUUCCGCGCUGACCUUCAUCCUUGAAAACUUUGCGCUUGCGAACGGCCUCAGCGCGACCUCGGUAGUCCUGCUCAACAAGUGUGCGAUUCUGCCUGGUGUCCUCGGGGAGAUCUGGCUGACGCGGACUACGCCGUACCGCACGCAGCUCCUCACCAUGGCUGCUUUGCCCUUGUGCAUCACCGUCUACUCUCUUGGCGACGAGGGCGAAAUCAACAUGUCGCUCGUCGGAUUGCUCUUGGGCCUCGGCGCAGCCCUCUCGGACGGAUUCGGCGACAUCGCCUUCGAGGCCACGGCCUUGGACGACUUGGAGGAGAAUUCGGGCGCCGAGACGCUCAGGUGCAUGCUCGUGAACGAGCUGUACAAGUCCGUGCUCAAUAUUAUCUUGAUGUUCGUGUUCGAGCACAAACACUUCUCUCAAGGCCUCUUCCACGGCUGGGGCGUCCGCAUGCUCGUCGGCGGUGUCCUGCCGCUCCCUAUGAUGGUCGCGCUUCACAGCACGGCCAUCUUGACGACCAGCAACUUGGAGUCCAAGAUCGCUGCGUCCGCCGACAUCGGCAUCGCUUACCUGAUGGAGGCUCUCAUCUUCGGGGACGCGGUCAGUAUCUCCCAGUGCUUGUUGAGCCUUGCAAUCUUUGCCCUGAUCGGCGUCUACACCAAGUUCGCCAUCUACGUUCGGAAGGCCGCCGCAGACGCCCUCAUCAGGUCGUGGACGCUAGAUGUAGAGGUUAUCUGUCGGGUUUGAGAAGUUUCGGUUGUCUCUCGGGUGUGAGAAGUUUCCCGCGGCGCCUCGUCCGGGGAGGUCUGCGUCUUUUUCAAUUCCAAUUUUUGAAUGAGAUACCAUGCUAUUUUUGUUAUGUCGUUCGGGGAAGUCGGCGUUUUCGCUCGCCUGCGCUGUCUGGGCUCCAGGGAGCUGCGCCCAACCUUCCCUGUUCGGGGAUCGGGGGAUUUCCUUCUCCUUCACGGUCGACUGCAUGCCAGGCUCCGAACGGAUCACGGCCACAUUCAACGGUGCUCUCCCCGCAAUUCUCACCGAGCGCCCGCCACAGUGCCGGCUCAGAAAAGUGCUCUCGUUGUGCGCGCAUGCGCGCUUGGAUACUCGCGAUGUUGCAGGACCCCCAACCUAUGACCCCC